UAGAUGUAGGUAAGCUAAUUUUGAGAAUGCUAAAAAAAAGAAAAAAAAGAAAAGAAGAGAUAAUGAAAAUGAUAAAACGUACCACAGAAAGGCGCCACGUAGCGGAUGAGCCCUAACCAAACCCACAGACCACACACACUAUUUCUACAAAGCCUCUAUCCUUUUAAUUUCAGGAGAUCACAGAUUUCCUUUUCAUUUGUAUUUCCAAUUCCCCCACACACACCACACACACUCCCUGUCUCUCUAAACUCUGAGCAAUGGCAAGCCUCGCAAGCACAAUGUUCAGCGCGGCCGUGGUCCCCCGCAAGCCGGCGAUGGGCACGACGAGCCUCCGGUCCCUCCCGAACCUGAAGCAGGCGGCUCUCUUCGGGCUGAAAUCCGGCGGGCGCAGGGGCGGAGCGACGUGCAUGGCGACGUACAAGGUGAAGCUGCUAACUCCGGAGGGAGAGGUGGAGUUCGAUUGCGCCGACGACGUGUACAUCGUGGACCAGGCGGAGGAGGCCGGGAUAGAUCUGCCCUACUCGUGCCGCGCGGGGUCGUGCUCCUCGUGCGCCGGCAAGGUCGUCAGCGGCAGCGUCGACCAGUCCGACGGCAGCUUCCUCGACGACGAGCAGAUGGACUCCGGCUGGGUGCUCACCUGCGUCGCCUACCCAACCUCCGACGUCGUCAUCGAGACUCACAAGGAGGAGGAGAUCGCCUAAUUCAUCAUUUCAUUUCUCUCUCUCUCUCUCUCACAUGAGUCACGGACUGAUUUCAUAAUAAGUAAGAUACAAUUUGUUUUGUUGUAUAAUUUUGAUUUAAACGUCUUUGCAACUCCACUUGUUUCUCAUAUAUGUCUUCUCACUCUCUUCUUUUCGUGUCUAUUUCUUUACUGUUAGCUGACGAUGUUUAGUUCUAAAGAUAUCCAUCCGUCUCAAGUUGUUAAAUUA